CCCCCUCCUCUCCUUUUCCCCUGCACUCCACUCUUCUCCCCUCCCUCUUUUUCCCAAUCUCUGCCUUGCUUAUUUUCCGCAGAGAACCCCAAGUAGGCGGUAGAGGAGCGUGUCAGUGGUGUGUGUGUGAGAGUGAGAGUGUGUGUGUGUGUGUGUGUGUGUGUGUAUGUGUGUGUGUGUGCGCGCUCAGUGUAGCCAGGAUUCCUCCUCCUCCUCCUCCUCUUCCUCCUCCUAAGAAGAGAGCUCGAGUGGAAACUGCUCCUGGACACCAUCUGCCUCUUCCGGGAGCUGGACAGGAGGGGAGGGGGGCGCGCAACUCAAAAGGGAUGUAUUUCCAUUUUUGAACUUCAUAUAAACGUGAGUCAGGAGUAACCUAAUUCUCAAGAUGUUUGUAACAGAAGUGUUUUAAAAAGGACUGCACAUACAGGUUUCAAGAAAAUAUUUCAAGUUGGACCCAAUAGGAAGAACUGCUCUAUGUCUGUGAGUUGAGAAAAGAUUAUGUACUUGUAAGAAGGUUAUUAUUGUCUAGAGUUCCAUGACUGUCGUGCCAUGAGAGCAUAGGAAAAAUGAUUGAAUUGUGGAAGCUGCUGAAUCUCUUGAUGUAAACUCCACUCAAGUUUUCUGGAGAAGAGCAACCUGUUAAAAUUUAGUACAGUAACUUUUAUGGAUUUUAAUAUAUUUGAAACCUGAAUCUUUAGUUUGCUGGUAGCAAGGCAUAAUUUUACCUCUUCAAAGAAAAUGAUCAAGGUCUCAUGCAACCAUUAUUUUUUCUGGAAACUAUUCUUCAGAAGGGAAGUAUACAUGUAAACAGAAGAGAUGAUCAUGCUUCCUGUAGUCAUUUAAGACUAAGCUCUUUUAAAUCAUGACCAGCUUGAAGCGGUCCCAGACUGAAAGACCUGUUGCCACUGAAAGAGCAUCAAUGGUUGGAACAGAUGGGAUUUCCAAGGUUCACACUGAUGACUUCUACAUGCGACGCUUCAGGUCGCAGAAUGGCAGUUUGGGUUCUUCUGUCAUGGCUCCUGUGGGCCCCCCUCGAAGUGAAGGUUCCCACCAUAUUACCUCCACUCCAGGGGUCCCAAAGAUGGGGGUUAGGGCAAGGAUUGCAGAUUGGCCACCAAGGAAGGACAAUGUUAAAGAAUCUAGCCGUUCAAGUCAAGAAAUGGAGACAUCAAGCUGCCUUGACAGCAUGUCCUCCAAAGGCAGUCCUGGAAGUCAAGGUAGUUCAGUUAACCUCAACUCCAGUGACUCUGCCAUGUUGAAAAGCAUACAGAACACUCUUAAAAGCAAAACAAGACAAUCGGAGAACAUGGAUUCCAGAUUUCUCAUGCCUGAAGCUUAUCCUAGCUCCCCUAGGAAAGCCCUUCGCAGAAUAAGACAACGUAGUAACAGUGAUAUUACUAUAAGUGAACUUGAUGUGGACAGCUUUGAUGAAUGUAUUUCACCCACAUACAAAACUGGUCCAUCACUGCACAGGGAAUAUGGUAGCACAUCAUCAAUAGAUAAGCAAGGGACUUCAGGAGAAAGUUUUUUUGAUUUGUUGAAGGGGUACAAGGAAGACAAAUCUGAUCAGAGAGGCCCAACUCCAACAAAACUGAGUGAAUUUUUGAUAGCCAGUGGAAGCAAGGGUUCUGGCUUUUCUCUGGAUGUGAUAGAUGGACCGAUCACGCAGAGAGAGAACCUUAGACUUUUUAAGGAAAGGGAGAAACCACUUAAGAGACGCUCUAAGUCAGAGACAGGGGACUCAUCCAUUUUUCGUAAGUUGCGUAAUGCCAAAUGUGAAGGGGAACUUGGAAAAUCAUCAGACCUCGAAGACAACCGAUCAGAGGACUCUGUCAGGCCUUGGACUUGUCCAAAGUGUUUUGGUCACUAUGAUGUCCAGAGUAUAUUGUUUGACUUGAACGAGGCAAUUAUAAACAGGCACAACGUUAUAAAAAGGAGAAAUACGACCACAGGAGCAUCCGCAGCUGCUGUUGCUUCUUUAGUUUCUGGACCUUUAUCUCACUCUGCAAGUUUCAGUUCGCCUAUGGGCAGUACUGAGGACUUGAAUUCUAAAGGAAGCCUCAGCAUGGACCAAGGAGAUGAUAAGAGUAAUGACCUUGUAAUGAGCUGUCCAUACUUUCGAAAUGAGAUUGGUGGAGAAGGAGAAAGGAAGAUCAGUUUAUCCAAAUCAAAUUCUGGUUCCUUCAGUAGUGAAAGUGCCUCAUUUGAAUCUACUCUUAGCUCUCAUUGCACAAAUGCAGGAGUGGCUGUACUUGAAGUGCCCAAGGAAAAUUUGGUAUUGCAUUUAGAUAGAAUAAAGAGAUACAUUGUGGAACAUGUGGAUCUUGGCGCAUACUAUUAUAGGAAAUUUUUUUAUCAGAAGGAACACUGGAACUAUUUUGGAGCAGAUGAGAACCUGGGCCCUGUGGCUGUGAGCAUUCGAAGAGAAAAGCCAGAAGAACUGAAAGAAAAUGGACCACCAUACAACUAUCGAAUAAUCUUCAGAACUAGUGAGCUCCUGACAUUAAGAGGUGCUGUUCUAGAAGACGCCAUCCCUUCAACUGCAAAGCAUUGUACGGCUCGAGGACUGCCCUUGAAGGAAGUAUUGGAGCAUGUGAUUCCUGAGCUCAACGUUCAGUGUCUCAGGUUGGCCUUUAACACCCCCAAGGUCACGGAACAGCUCAUGAAACUAGAUGAGCAAGGGUUAAGCUAUCAGUUGAAAGUGGGAAUCAUGUAUUGUAAAUCUGGACAGAGCACCGAAGAAGAGAUGUACAACAACGAGUCGGCGGGUCCUGCGUUUGAGGAAUUCCUCCAGCUCUUAGGAGAACGAGUUCGUCUCAAGGGAUUCGAGAAGUAUCGUGCUCAACUUGAUACCAAAACUGAUUCAACUGGUACCCAUUCUCUUUAUACAACAUACAAAGACUAUGAAAUCAUGUUCCACGUAUCUACUCUGCUGCCAUAUACACCUAACAACAAGCAACAGCUCCUACGGAAGAGGCACAUUGGAAAUGAUAUUGUAACGAUCGUUUUCCAAGAACCUGGAGCCCAGCCCUUCAGCCCAAAGAACAUUCGUUCUCACUUCCAGCAUGUUUUUGUCAUUGUCCGAGUUCACAAUCCCUGCACUGACAGUGUCUGUUACAGUGUGGCUGUAACCAGAUCCAGAGAUGUGCCGUCCUUUGGGCCACCAAUCCCCAAAGGAGUCACUUUCCCUAAGUCAAAUGUGUUCAGGGACUUCCUUUUGGCCAAAGUUAUUAAUGCGGAGAACGCUGCUCAUAAGUCUGAGAAGUUCCGUGCCAUGGCUACCCGGACCCGACAGGAGUACCUAAAAGAUCUAGCAGAGAAGAAUGUAACCAAUACUCCCAUUGAUCCUUCCGGCAAAUUCCCCUUCAUCUCUCUUGCCUCUAAGAAAAAAGAGAAAUCCAAGCCUUAUCCUGGAGCAGAGUUCAGUAGCAUGGGUGCCAUUGUGUGGAGUGUCCAUGCCAAAGACUACAAUAAGGCUAUGGAGAUAGACUGCCUUCUGGGCAUCUCUAAUGAGUUUAUAGUCCUCAUUGAGCAAGAAACAAAGAGUGUGGUAUUCAAUUGUUCCUGCAGGGAUGUAAUAGGCUGGACUUCAACUGACACCAGCAUCAAAAUCUUCUAUGAGAGAGGGGAAUGCGUUUCUGUGGAGAGCUUCAACAACAACAGUGAGGAUGUCAAAGAGAUUGUCAAAAGGUUACAGUUUGUGACUAAAGGAUGUGAGUCAGUGGAGAUGACUUUGCGGAGAAAUGGGCUCGGACAACUUGGCUUCCAUGUCAACUAUGAGGGUAUUGUGGCAGAUGUAGAACCCUAUGGCUAUGCCUGGCAGGCAGGACUGAGGCAAGGCAGCCGCUUGGUGGAAAUCUGUAAAGUGGCCGUUGCCACCCUGAGCCAUGAACAAAUGAUUGACCUUCUGAGAACAUCAGUCACAGUGAAGGUGGUCAUUAUACCACCCCAUGAUGACUGCACCCCGAGAAGGAGCUGCUCUGAAACAUACCGCAUGCCAGUGAUGGACUACAAAAUGAAUGAAGGGGUUUCCUAUGAGUUCAAAUUCCCCUUCAGAAAUAACAACAAAUGGCAGAGAAAUGCCAACAAGGGGCAAGGACCUCAUGGGUCCCAAGUACCCUCCCAGGUCCAGAGUCCGGUGAUUUCUCGAAUGGGUACUGGAAAAGGAGAUGGGAAGAUGCAACCUCCAGAACGAGCUGCCAAUAUUCCUCGUAGCAUUUCUAGUGAUGGCCGCCCCUUGGAACGGAGGUUGUCUCCUGGUUCUGACAUCUAUGUGACAGUUUCAUCCAUUGCUUUAGCGAGAUCACAGCAAUGUCGUAAUUCCCCUAGUAACCUGUCUUCAUCUAGUGAGACUGGCUCUGGUGGGGGCACUUACAGACAAAAAUCCAUGCCUGAAGGGUUUGGGAUGAGCCGAAGAUCCCCAGCCUCCAUUGACCGGCAGAACACUCAGACGGACAUCAGUGGCAGUGGGAAAGCCACACCCAGCUGGCAGAGAAGUGAGGAGAGCAUUGCUGACCAGAUGGAGCCAACAUGCCACCUCCCAGCUGUAUCAAAGGUGUUGCCAUCUUUCCGAGAGAGUCCUAGUGGGAGAUUAAUGCGGCAGGAUCCUGUGGUUCACUUGUCACCAAACAAACAAGGGCAUUCUGAUAGUCAUUAUUCAAGCCACUCCAGCAGCAAUACCCUCUCCAGCAAUGCAUCGAGUGCGCACAGUGAUGAGAAGUGGUAUGAAGGCGAUCGCACCGAGUCGGAGCUCAAUAGCUUCAACUAUCUUCAAGGCACCUCUGCAGAUAGCGGCAUAGACACCACGUCAUAUGGCCCCAGCCAUGGCAGUACAGCGUCUCUGGGGGCUGCUACGUCAUCGCCACGCUCAGGACCUGGAAAGGAAAAGGUGGCACCGCUGUGGCAUAGCUCCAGUGAAGUUGUCUCCAUGGCAGACAGGACCUUAGAAAAAGAGAGUCACGGAGUGGACCGGAAGACAGAGUCGUCACUGAGCCUGGAUAUCCACAGCAAGAGCCAGCCCACCUCUAAUCCUUUAACAAGGGAGAACAGUACUUUUAGUAUUAAUGACGCUGCUUCUCACACAAGUACCAUGAGCUCACGACACUCUGCCAGUCCAGUUGUUUUCACCAGUGCCAGAAGUUCACCCAAAGAAGAGCUUCAUUCUGCCACUUCCCCGCAACUUGCACCUUCUUUCUCCUCCUCCUCUUCCUCCUCUUCUGGUCCUAGGACUUUCUACCCUCGGCAGGGUGCUACUAGCAAGUACCUGAUUGGAUGGAAAAAACCUGAAGGGACAAUAAACUCUGUGGGGUUUAUGGAUACAAGAAAACGCCACCAGAGUGAUGGCAAUGAAAUAGCCCACACCAGAUUGCGUGCCUCUGCCAGGGACCUCCGGGCAUCUCCAAAGCAAACAUCUAAGUCAACGAUUGAGGAGGAUCUGAAAAAACUAAUCGACUUUGAAAGCCCAACUCCUGAGUCACAGAAAAAUUUUAAGUUCCAUGGACUUUCCUCUCCACAGUCUCCUUUCCCUUCCACUCCUACCACACGACGAACCUUACACAGAACGUUGUCAGAUGAAAGUAUUUACAGCGGUCAAAGAGAGCACUACUUCACCUCAAGGACUUCCAUUUUGGAUCAAGCCUUGCCCAAUGAUGUCCUCUUCAGCAGCACAUAUCCUUCCCUCCCAAAGUCUCUACCUUUGCGGAGGCCAUCGUAUACAUUAGGAAUGAAAUCAUUACAUGGAGAGUUUUCAGCCUCAGACAGCUCCCUCACCGAUAUUCAGGAGCCAAGAAGGCAGCCUAUGCCUGACCCGGGUCUCAUGCCCCUGCCAGACUCUGCUUCUGACCUGGAUUGGUCAAACUUGGUAGAUGCUGCCAAGGCUUUUGAGGUCCAGCGAGCCUCGUUCUUUGCUGCUAGUGAUGAAAACCACCGACCCCUGAGUGCUGCCUCCAACAGCGACCAUCUAGAGGACCAAGUCAUGGCCCAGAUGAAGUCCUACGGAAGCAGUAAAGAUUCUUCUCCUACACUGGCUUCUAAAGUGGACCAAUUGGAAGGUAUGCUGAAAAUGCUUCAAGAAGAUUUGAAGAAGGAAAAAGAAGACAAAGCCCAUCUUCAGGCUGAAGUCCAGCAUCUUCGGGAAGACAACUUGCGUUUACAGGAGGAGUCCCAGACUGCAUCGGACAAGCUGAAAAAAUUUACUGAAUGGGUCUUCAACACGAUUGAUAUGAGCUAAAGACUGAUAAAACAUUCAGGUGGGGAAGGGAAGGUGUGGAAAGGGACCAAGAGGGAAUGUUUCCUUUCUCCUGAGACUGCUUUAAUGCCCCGUAUCAUGUUAUUGAGAGCAUCUUCAGAGCACUUUCCCCACCUUCCUUAUAGAUAUCCCCUUUUUUUGUGAGUGCACAAACAGAACAAUUGCAGAUCAACAAUCAACGUCUGCCUUUUGUAGAAAAACAAAAACAAAAAAAUAAUUAAAUAAAAAAUUUAAAAAGUAAAAUAAAAGUUUAACUGCUAAAAUGUGAAUGUCUUUAUUUUUUUGCACAGUAUCUUUCUCUGUAAUGUAUAAAGAAAAAAAAGUGGGGAUUAGACUAGAAGCACCUAGUCCAUCUGCCUCAUUUACUUCCCAUCAGCUCUUUCCUUUCUGUUUCAGGUAAUCCAAGCUUUUUCUGCUCUCCUGGCAAAUAGGAUGAUUACUAGAAAACUAGUACAUGUUUAUUUUGGAUUGUUUAUUGGGGGGUAGAGUUGGGGCCGUGAGAGGUCUAUGUUCCUUACAUUCUUUGCUGAAGUGACUAGAGAUGAGGAGCUUAUCUCCCUUGAAUGCAUGAGUAAAUGCUGUUUUUCCCUGUGUUACCCAGAGCAACAGAAAUAGGCCAGGGAACAGAGGCUUAAGACCAUGGGGGGGGGGGCAUGUUAUUCAUGAUCUUUUCCACAUCCCACAUUACUGCGUGACUUGUCAUCUGUGGUUUCCUGUGGAUACACUUCCACCUGCUUUCCACAGGGCAAAUAUAUUUCUUAAGUGAAAUCUUAAGCAAGAAUUGACCUCUAAUAACCCUCCUGGCUGUAAACAUACAGUUAUUUAAAAUUCCUUCACACCUCCUCCGUUGAAUGACCCAUCCCAACAACUUCAGACUCUCUCUUUUAUGUAAUCAAAAAGCGAUGGUCCCUCUGUAUGGAUUUUCUUUAGUGGGGUAUAAGGGAAAAGAUUCAUGAUACCAAAAGCUGACUGAUUAAUGCUGAUUAAAAGUACCCAGAGAAGAUUUAGGUGUUAGUCUUUGCUAGGGGACAGUUAGGAAAAUCGUGAUAAAAUUAAAUUAUAAAACGGUAAAGAGCUGUUGCUUACCUUUUGAAUGCACAAUAUUUCCAUGCUUGACGAUAUGUCUAGAAUUGGCUUUUCCCCAAAGUGACAUCAAAACAUGGGAUUUUCCAAAUUGAGGCCAUCAAAGCAUUUUCUCUGAAGAAAUGAUUGAUUUGCCAUUUAAGUUCAAAAAGCCCAAACGGUUUGGUUAUGACAGGACACAAUGGGCCCCAAUACUACUCUAAACCAUGGUUAACCCUCUGGAAGGAAAGCAACUCAAGCCUUUACCUCUGAGCCUUCAUAAUCACAAAAUUUGUCAUCAUCCCUGUAAUUGAGCAAUUGACCUACAACAAUUGUUCAUCAUUUUGAUGUCUUUCAGAUUUUCUCUCAUAUAGUUUAAAAAUAAUUUAUCUCUCCCCCGACCCCCAGAGAAGCCAUAUACAUUCAUAUUCUCUUUCUUCCUCAAAUUUUUAGCUAAAAUCUCACUCCAUGUUGUCAUUUCCUUAUCCCCUCAUGAAAUCCUUUUCUAAUAAUACUUGCAUUAUGGGAAAAGGAAGAUUUCCAAGUUAUUUUGUAAAGAUUGUGACUCUUUCUCUUUGAUUUGUAUGAAGGAGGUUUGUACAGUGCCUGAUAUUAUUUGUAAAUGGGAUAUAUUGCUAACAUCCAAGCAUUCUGAAGCCUUGCUUAUCCUAAGUUUGUUCUUUAUUUUGUUUUAAAUUUUGUUUUGGGACUUGGGGCAGACUAUUUAUUAGAGUUUUGCAACAGAAUUCUUGUAUGAAGCCUCUAAAGGCUACUUGUAAAAUUCAGACAAUAAAACUGACUUUAAAGGCUCUUCUAAAA